AUAGAAAAUACGGUUUAAAGAAAUCAGCUGGAGUGGCCUGCUUUCAACAUCCAGAGCUAAUGAUGCAAGGCUGUGUCAGGCAAAGAUUCCUCCUCAUGCUCAGGGGACACAAGUAAAGAGCGGCGAAAGGAGAGGAACAUCUGUCAGCUUCUCCAAGGUCUCAACAACAUCAUCAUCCCAAAGGCAGUUUUCUUUAGGGUCACGGAGGGAAGCUGGCUGUGGUCCACAAACUCACAGAAAUUAUAGACUGUAUUUAACGAAGAAACCCAUCCCUUUGAAAAGGGAAAAGGAAGACAGAUAAAGAAAAGACAUGGAGCUGCAGCAAGGGGAUGAAAUGGAUGAAGAGGAAAACGAAAAGAAAAUCGUGUCUCAGCCCCAAAGCAAAAUGAAGGACCGGCUGUCAGACCUUUUGGAGUUAUCCAAGCAGUAUGACCAGCAGUUCCCAGAUGGGGAUAUUGAACUUGACUCUCCCCACGAGGACAUCGAGUUUGAGACGGACCACAUCCUGGAGUCCUUGUACCGAGAUAUCCAGGACCUUCAGUAUGAAAACCAGCAGUUGAUGGUUGAUGUGAAGCGGCUGGGAAAGCAGAAUGUCCGCUUCCUCACGUCCAUGCGGCGUCUCAGCAGCAUCAAGCGAGACACCAACUCAAUCGCCAAGGACAUCAAGGCUCGGGGGGAGAGCAUCCACCGCAAGCUGUGCGCCAUGAAGGUUCUGAGCGAGCAGGCAGAGGCCCAGCACGGCCCGCACUCGGCGGUGGCGCGCAUCGCGCGCUCACAGUACAGCGCGCUCACCCGCAACUUCCAGCGCGCCAUGCACGAGUACAACCAGGCGGAGAUGAAGCAACGCGACAACUGCAAGAUCCGCAUUCAGCGCCAGCUGGAGAUCAUGGGCAAGGACGUCUCGGGCGACCAGAUAGAGGACAUGUUCGAGCAGGGCAAGUGGGACGUGUUCUCCGAGAACCUCCUGGCCGAUGUGAAGGGUGCGCGGGCCGCCCUCAACGAGAUCGAGAGUCGUCACCGCGAGUUGCUGCGGCUCGAGACCCGCAUCCGCGACAUUCACGACCUCUUCCUGCAGAUGGCCAUGCUGGUGGAGGAGCAGGCCGAAACCCUGAACGUCAUCGAGUUUAACGUGGAGAAGACCCUCGACUACACCGGCCAGGCCAAGGCGCAUGUGAAGAAGACUCUGGAGUACAAGAAGAAGAACCCCUGCCGGACCAUCUGCUGCUUCUGCUGUCCCUGCUUCAACUAACAGGCUGGCCUGGGCCAUCACGCGCCAAUCCACGGGGAAUGGGCGGGGAAGCGCACUGGGAAAGAUUUGGGGGCCCUCUUCUUUGGGGUGAGUUGUCCCAAUCCCUGUGGAUCUCAGUCUUUAGAGAAAGAAUAAACUCAAGGUCCACGAAUUUCAACCCAGCCCAUGUUUGGGAAGAUGGUUGAUGCUGUACGAUGUUUCUUCAGUGAGGGCAGAUACCGAUUGAAGUUGUGUGAGGCCAUGAAAUAGCACAUUGUGUCCUCGUGCCCUUAAUGGAAGACAAAUAAAGAACUGAUGUUAUAUAAGCGGGUUGUAGUAUAAAUGUCCAAGUAAAAGCGUUUUUAAAAAUGUGUCCAAGACACGUUUUCUCAUGACAUUCUGGGAGGAAGUCAGUUCCACAUUGGCUACUAUUAUGCACUCAUUAUCAAAACUUCUAUUCAUUUACGCUAUCCUGAAAGUAUUUUGGUUCUGUUCAGUUUUUUUGACGUGAAAUU